AGGAAAAUCGUUACAACUUAAAAACUGAAAAUUAAUAAUUCAUAUUUGAAUGAGGGUUGUCGAUGGAUGCUGCUUAAUUCUCGGCAACGUCAGCUCUUGCAUGCCCGAAAUUGUAACUUGCUACAGCCGUAAGCCACGCUCCCUUCUCCACCAUUUCCACUUUCCCUCUUUCUUUCUUCUUUUUUUUUUUUCUCAUUUCGUUCUUUUCCCUCUCUAUAUCGUAUCAAAAAAAAAAAAUCUUAAUCGUCAAUAAUUGUCAGCUCAGGAGCUCAAACCACUGAUUUCACAAAGGAGGUUGAUUACCAGGUUUGUCGUACAGCGACGGUCUUGAAAUGUGAUUUUGAGCUCUCUUUUUUUCUUUCCUUUUUUCUUUUUUCGAGUUAGAGAUAGGUUUGCUUAUAUUCUUCCUUUGGAUCAACGGUCUGGAGUUUGUAGAAGAGGAAGGAUCUGCGAAUUUGCGGUGUUCUUUUUGUCACGGGUACAUAUGUGUUGGAUUUGGUUGAGAAAUUGGGUUGCAAGUUGAAGAUAGAUGUUGGUGAUUUGUGAAAGUAUUACUGUCAAAUUUGAAGUUUAGCGUUUGAGGUGUAGGGAAUCCUAGAUUUUAACCGUGAGGUUCUGAAUGCUAGCUGAUACGAUGAAUGACUUAAUUAUGCAUUAUUGAUUGGUGGAUUGAAGUGAAAAAGAGUGGUCCAAGGAGCUAACACAUUGUUGUUAUGUAAGUAAACAAACCUAGGAACUUGUUUGGAACAUGAUCAGGGAAACGUCUGGCCCAUCUGAUCAAUUAGUACAACAAGAAUAUACAUAUGCUGUUCCUAAUGUUGGAAAGAAUGUAAAUAAUAAUAAGACUAUAUCUGUACAGACAGGUGAGGAAUUCUCCAUGGAGUUUGUUCAGGAGUGUGUUGGCACAAGAGCCAUUGCUAGACCAGAUGCAGCACUGACACAUGAGAAGAGAGUUUGGUUCAAUCAGAACCGCGAGAUGGGGUAUCAGGAUCUUGCCCGAAUUCAGUUGAAAAGAAUGGAUUCGAAGUGUGCUUCUGACAUUUCUGAUUUUGCAUCUCUGAAUGGUUCUUCUAGAGGGAGUGAACAUGGGUCUUGUGUUGAAAAGAUAGGUAGAUACCAGAAGAAAGAUGGUGAAAUUGGACAAGUGACAGGGAAGGCUUAUGGUGAACUGAAUUGUGAUAGGAGCCAUCCAAAUGGUUUUGGACCACCUACUACAGCCAUUUAUGCAUGUGACUCUUCUAGUUCCAACAACUUUAGUGGGCAGGGAGCUACUGAUGGAUCUCAAUCUGGGAAAAUGAAACUUCUGUGCAGCUUUGGUGGAAAAAUAUUGCCUAGGCCAAGUGAUGGUAAACUCAGAUAUGUUGGGGGAGAGACGCACAUUAUUUCCAUUCAGGAUUGUCUUUCUUGGGAAGAGCUUCUGAGGAGAACUUCAAAUUUUUGCAACCAACCUCAUUCAAUCAAGUACCAACUUCCAGGUGAGGAUCUUGAUGCCCUUAUAUCUGUUUCUUCUGAUGAAGACCUUAAGAAUAUGAUAGAGGAAUACCAUGGGCUUGAAAAGCUUAAAGGUUCUAAAAAGCUGAGGAUAUUUUUGAUUCCCUAUGAUGAAUCUGGAAAUGCAUCUUCCCUUGAGGCAAUGACCAUGCACCAGAGCUAUCCUGAUUACCAGUAUGUGGCUGCUGUCAAUGGGACAGUAGAUCCUAGUCCUAGGAAAAUCUCUGGUGAGCUCUGCUUACCUAAUGAAGGAUGUCAAUUGGGACCCAAUUUGAAUCCUAACCCUAGUUUCCCCAAAUGGUGUCCAACUUCAGUAAUCUCUUUGGACACUAUGGGUGGUUUUAAUGCAUUGCAUCCAUCUCAGGUUUUCCUUGAUAUCCAAAAUACAACCAGAUCCCCAUCUACUCCUAUUUCUCCACUACCUUUCCAGCAUGAAGAAUGCAAUGUUUGUGCACAAUCAAUGUCUAAUAACUCCAGCUCUGAAUACAACUAUUCCUUCAAUACAGCACACUUGAAUCCUGAGAUCCGCAGCACUAUUAAUCCUAACUAUAAAGAUGCCCUACAGGUUCCACCUGCUUUGAUGAAUCAAAGUCACCCUUGCAUAAGGGUUGCUGCCAACCACACAUGCCAAGCUUAUGGAGGGCAGCUACUAAGCCCUGAUCCCAGCAAAGAUUCCGUAUUUUUUGUAGUUUUCAACAAAAGCAAUGGUGAUUACAAUGGCAUUUCACAUGAAAGGUUUAUGCACAAAGAAAGAUCAUUCCUUUCUGAAAAGCCCAUCUCAAAUGCUGGCAAUCCAUUAAGCCUGUUGUCAGGAUCUGUUGAUUCCCUGGAUUCUCACCCAGGCAUAUCACAUGCAUUUUCAGAUUCAAAGCUGCAGGACUGUGGAGGGAGGUCUGCUUACUGUUCACAAGAAGGAAUGAGCCCAUCUUCCCCUUUAAAUUUUGCAAAGAGCCCAUCACCUUCCCUUGUUUUUUCAAAUUCCAUGCAGGAAAGGUUGAUGCAACAGCAUGAUAAAAUUGAUCUUAUGACGUCCAGUGCAGAUAAUUACUUGUUGGACACUGAAUCUACAUCAAAAUCAAAACUGGAUAUGCAGAACUGCUUUCCAAACCCUGAAUCUUCUGGCGUGAAUGAACCUAUUCACAAGGGAACCAGUGACAGUAAUGAAAAAUGCCAAACAGCUAAAAUUGAUUUGAGUAAAUCCAGUUUUGUGAGGCUUGACAAUUAUGAAGAAUAUACUGCAAGCUUGGAUGCCAGGAACAUGUCUUAUAUAAGUGAUCCAUUUUUGCAUCAAGGUGGAAAACUUUAUGAGGGGAAAUCCCCUGAUAGCAGUAUGGGAUAUAACAACAAAUUGUCUAAUGCAGACUGCAACCAAACAUCUGGUUUUGCUGUAGGUACUCAGGAAAAAGAUUCGCAAGUCUCUCAGAAGAUGGUUCCUUCAUCCUUAUCUAUAAAUAGUAACAUCAAACAUCUGCAAACCUUGGGAAAAACCACAUCUGAUAUAGCUGAAUCUUGUGGUUUCAAUGGGAAAGUAAUUGGACAGGGAGAUAUUACUUCAUGUGCCAGGAACACUGAAGCCACAUGCUUGUUUCCAAAGAGCAUAAAUGACACAAGACUUGAUAGUAAAUUGGGUGAUCUUAUCUCUGAGUCUUUGAAUGGCCCUAUGUUGCAUGAACCACCACAAUCUCAGUUUAUUGCAAGUCAAAAUGAUAUAUCUAAAGAAGAUAUGCUUAUGGGCUCAACCAAGUUGCACUCACCUACAAUUCAUGUUGACUCUGUUCUGUGCUCAAGCUUGCUCAAUGAAGACCUUCAUGCUAUGUCACAAAUUCCAGACAAUAAUGCAGCUAGGAAAGAGGUUCCCCUCAUUGAUGAUGAACUUAAUUAUUCCAAUCCAAAUGCUGAGAAGGUGGUCCUCCUAGAUCCCUUGCACAAGAAUUCAAUUGUAGAAGAUAUUACGUUUUCUCUAACUGAACCUUCAAGAAAGAAUCAAUAUCAAAUCCAACCGGAGCCCAUAGUUAUGUCAAAAGAUGUUACCACUAGUGUUCCUUCUGGGAUGCUAGUUUCAUCUGCAGUUGUCCCACAUGUGGAUGUGAUCAGCACUGAUAUCAUAUCUCCUACUGGAACAGAGUUGGAGGAUGCCAUUGCAGAUUCUGAGUCUAAGGAUUCUUCAGCUGAUGUUCAAGACAAGGAUGAGUCCUUCAGUGAUGCUGUCAUAGCUGAAAAGGAAGCCAACAUCUAUGGCUUGCAGAUUAUUAAAAAUGCCGAUCUUGAAGAACUGAGGGAGCUAGGAUCUGGUACAUAUGGAUCUGUUUACCAUGGAAAAUGGCGGGGAACAGAUGUUGCUAUAAAGAGAAUAAAAAAGAGUUGCUUUUCUGGGAAAUCAUCAGACCAGGACAAGCUGACAAAAGACUUCUGGAGAGAAGCACAGAUCCUCUCAAAUCUGCUUCAUCCAAAUGUGGUAGCAUUUUAUGGAGUAGUACCAGAUGGAACUGGAGGAACUUUGGCAACUGUAACUGAAUUUAUGGUCAACGGAUCGCUUAGAAAUGUCCUAAUCAAGAAGGAUGGAUCGCUUGAUUGUUGCAAAAAGCUUAUAAUUGCCAGGGAUGCAGCUUUUGGCAUGGAAUACUUGCACUCCAAAAACAUUGUCCAUUUUGAUCUGAAAUGUGAUAAUUUGCUUGUGAAUCUAAGGGACCCACAACGACCCAUAUGCAAGGUUGGAGAUUUUGGAUUAUCAAGAAUUAAGCACAGCACUCUUGUUUCUGGAGGUGUGCGAGGAACCCUUCCAUGGAUGGCACCAGAGUUAUUAAAUGGUAACAGCAAUCGUGUUUCUGAGAAGGUUGAUGUGUUCUCAUUUGGAAUUUCAAUGUGGGAAAUCUUGACUGAAGAGGAGCCUUAUGCUGAUAUGCAUUGUGGUGCCAUUAUUGGGGGGAUUGUGAAGAACACUCUUCGACCUCCAAUUCCAGAACACUGUGACCCUGAUUGGAGGGAGCUGAUGGAACAAUGCUGGUCAGCUGAUCCUGAAUCUAGACCAUCAUUCACGGAGAUAACGAACAGGCUGCGAUCAAUGUCUAGGUUGCUUCAGCUCAAGGGACGUAAUGAUCAGGCAAGACACACAAAAGCCUAAUGUUACAGCAUGAACAUGAUUAAACACCAAGCACCGGCUUGGUUUGUAUCAUCAUUAAAUGCCAAGCACCGGUUUUGUUUGUAUCUUCACCUGUAAACUUGGGUAACUCCGACCCCACCCUUCGAGGUAAGAGGAUUAAAUCAUUGAGGAUUAGGAUGAGGAUGAGGAUGAGUAGAGUUUAAUCAAUGAUGGGCAGAACUUCUUUCCCCUUCUCUCACUUUUGUAAAUAUAUAGCUCCAUUUGAUUAUUCGUUUUUUCUGACACAGUAAUUCAGGUCAUAGUGGUAAGGCAGAGAGAUAGCAUUUAAAAUAUUUUGAUGAUUGUUGAAAAUAGAAAGAUUAUAUGUAUGUACAAACAUUCAGAAAAGGGGAAAUGGCAUUUGAUUAGAGUUCAAUUUGAUA